CACAUCCGGUGAGGGUGGACACGUGUGAAACAGCGCGUGCGCACUGAAUGGCAGCACAUGUAACUCAGCAGGUUGUGUUGCCCGUGUGUAGAGGAGCUAAAGCCCGCAGAGAUGUUUUGGACAUCGGUAGCUCAGAGAGGAUCUGUGGGGCUCCUAUUAGGGUGUUUGUCCUUCAGAUCCAGCAGCAAAGCUCUCGCUGCACCCCGGUGCCCCAUGCUUAUCUCGCGAUACUUCUCUAGCUCUGACCCCGCUAAGACACCAACUCAUGAAGGGGAGGAGGGUUCGUCCCUGCGGCAGUGGGCCCUGACCGUCAGCCCCUUCACCACAGUGAGGGCCCGGUUAGGCUGCAACAUCUGCAUCCGCCCACUGGACGUGCACGCUUACCCGGAGGCAGACCAAGCCCUGAUUUCUGUCCAUGGUGGCGUCCAGAGGGACUGUAUGGAGCAGCUGCAUUUCCAUUAUGAUGAACAAAGUCAGGAGCUGCGCAUCUCUGCUGAGAAGGUGAACAGCAACGUCACGAUUGAGAUGGAUGCACCUAUCAAAAAUCUCUUCAUCACUACUCAGGGAGGAGGCAGCGUGCAAGUGAAGAAGAUGGAGUGUGAUAUUUGCAAAGUGCAAACAGAAAAGGGAAGCUGUUUACUUCACUCUGUCAAAGGUCAUCAAGUGGAAGUGCAGUCCCAGGGUGGACAUGUUACAGGUGUAGGCACCAUCCAUGGUAAUGUGGACAUCCAAGCAAAGGGAGAUGGUGUGGUGGAUAUCAAGAAGCUCCAGGGCACAAGAAUGAAUGUUUCUACAGAGUGUGGUGCUUUGAAGGUCAAAGCCAUCUAUGCAGAGUCCAGCUGUGUUUCCUCCCGCUCCGGAAGAGUAGAACUGGGUCAUGUACAUGGUAACACCACAGUGAGUAACGAGUCUGGAGAUACGGUGGUUGAUGGUUCAAACAGCUCCCUGAAGGUUUCCUCCAUCAGUGGAAGCAUCGACGUCUACGUGGGAGACAGCGGUACAGCUGAGCUCCACAGUCAAGACGGGGCGGUGAGUGUGCGUGUCCCGCCUUCAUUAAAAGCUGGUGUCAAUCUGUGUGGAGCGUCGGUGGACAUAAGCUCAGAGGUUCUUCUGCAUGAGGAAGAAAGAAAUGCCUCUGAUGGUCAGAUCACACUGACAGGCUAUAUGAAUGGAGAACCACCUGUUGACCAGUGGGUCAAAGCUCGCGCAGAAAGAGGCUCCAUCAAACUGACGACACAGAGCUGGUUUGAGUCCCUGAAGCUCGGGAGCUAAGUGACAGGAUGUAUCGUAAUGUUCUGAGGACGCUACAGUUAUUAUUACAGCGCUUUCAGCUAAAUGUUAUCCACACUGCACUGUAAAUAGCUCAGAAAAAUUAAUUUUUAUUUAAAGCAUCUGUUGAAUUUUUAUGUGUAAUGUCACCUUAGUGGAGUUAAGGUCCCACACAUAAUAAAUGUUAAACGGCUUUCUCUUGUUA